AGUCGUGGCCGGAGGAUGGUGGCCCUCUCUUGGCUGCGCAGCCUCGCCGGCCCCGGAGCCCGGAGCGGCUUCCACCGGCGGUGCUCUUCGGCCAGACCCUCCCACCCAGACCCCCCGACGGCGCCUGCGACGGGGAAGUACAAGACCAUCGACGACCUGCCCGGUCCCAGCUUCGCGACCACUCUGCACUGGCUCCUCGUGAAGGGCUAUGCGGACAAGAACCACGCGCUACAGAUUGAACACCAGCGUCUGUACGGGCCCAUCUGGCGCUCCAGGUUCGGACCUUUUGACCUGGUCAAUGUAGCCUCUCCAGAGCUGAUAGCCCAAGUUAUAAGGCAGGAGGGCCGCUAUCCCAUCCGCAUCGAGCUGCCCCACUGGAAGGAGUACCUGGACCUGAGGGGCCAGGCCUAUGGCUUACAUGUGAACACAGGACCGGAGUGGUAUCGUAUCCGCAGUGUGCUGAACCCCAAGAUGCUUAAGGUGCGAGCGGCAUCGUCCUACGCGCCCAUCAUCCACCGGGUCGUGGCUGACUUGCUCCACCGCGUGGAGCUUCUCCGCCUGCGCAGUCAGGACCAGGUCACCUUGUCCGACGUGUCGGCAGAGCUCUACAAGUUCGGCUUUGAAGGUAUCUCCUCUAUCUUGUUCGAGACCAGGCUGGGCUGCCUGAAAGAGGAGAUCCCCAAAGACACGCUGCGCUUCAUCUCCGCCACUAGCGAAAUGCUGAUGCUGUCCGACGUGGUUAUUCUCUUUCCCCGCUGGAGCCGUGGCGUCCUCCCCUUCUGGAGACGCUUCACCCAGGCCUGGGACAACCUCUUUGAUGUAGCUACGUCCCUAAUAGAUCGGAGGAUAGCAGAGUUGGAAUCCCAGGCGCACCACAAUGAGCCAACAGAGGGCAUGUACCUGACCUACCUGCUGUCCUCGGGCAAGCUGUCCAGGGCGGAGAUCUACAUCACCAUCACCGAGCUGUUACUGGGGGGAGUCGACACGACCUCCAACACCCUUUCCUGGACGCUGUAUCAUCUAGCCAGGGACCGCAGGAUUCAGCAGAAGCUCCACGGUGAGAUCACCUCAGUGUGUCCAGACAGGCAGAGGCCUGCCGUGGAGGACCUGGCCAGGAUGCCAUACUUGAAGGCAGUGAUAAAGGAGACUUUACGCAUGUAUCCUGUUGUUCCUGGGAAUGGGCGUUACACGGUAGAAAACGAGGUCGUUGUUGACAACUACUGGUUCCCGAAGAAGACCCAGUUCCAUCUGUGUCAUUACGCAUCCUCUCACAGCGAGGGGGAGUUUGCCAACGCGCAGCAGUUCGUGCCGGAGCGCUGGAUGCGGGACGGUCCUGGGGGGUACCAGCAUCACCCUUACAGCUUCAUACCCUUUGGGGUCGGGGUGCGGGCCUGCGUGGGCAAGAGGGUAGCGGAGCUGGAGAUGUACUUUGCCCUCACCAGGCUGAUGCAGCACUACGAGGUCCAGCCAGAGGACGGAGCUCCUGUUGUAGAACCAAAGACCAGAACCUUGCUGGUCCCUGCCAAACCCAUAAACCUACGCUUCCUGCCAAGACAAGAGCACGAAUGAGGUGGUGAGGAAAGGAGUCCGGCACGGUUUUCCUUAUCUAAAUGUGUGAGGUGGGGUUCAUCCAGACCGGCUGUUGUUUGCGGGUCUGGGUGUCGGUGUGUGGGCUGUGUCUCUGCAGGACGACCCGUCCAGUACGACAUCACUACCAGUGAAAAAGACUCCUGACAACAAAAACCACCACUACAGAUGGAAAGAAGUGUAGUUGUUGUCUUCUCCAUCAGGACUGAACAACACCGUGUCUCUGUACUUCUGUAGAUCCCCAGCCCUGCAGCAAACCGUGUAAAGUGGCCUACACAGGGCGGCUCACCUGCUAGAGCCCGGGCCACAUAUCGGGGCUGGGUCCCUGCAGCGGCGGCCUGGGUUCGAGUCCGGCCCGGGCCCUUUGCUGUGUGUCAUCUCCUCUCCUGUCUGUCUCUCCUGUCACUGUCAAAUAAAGCACAAAAUAAUGCCGUUAACUGGGAACGUGUGUGAUGAAUGUUUUCCAAGUGGAAAGACGGAAUAUCCAGUAACACUGCCCUGUUAACGUGACGCCACAGCUGCGAACCCCACCAUGUCUUCAACAUGAGGCAGGUCACAGUACUCCAGAGACACGUUUUUGUCUGCUGGCCGACAUUUGGAGCAUAUAUUGGGCUUUAUUUGUUCUGGUGUGUGUGUGUGUGUCUGUCUGUCUGUCUGUCUGUCUGCCUGCCUGCCUGUCUGUC